UCCCCAAUGUCCCCACAGCCACAUUCCUCUGUCGCCGCCCCCGCGGCUCGCGGGAAUGCGGGGUGACAAUGGUGACAAAGGCGGCAGUGUCCCGUUGGGGACAGUCCCCGCAGUGUCCCCUCAAUGUCCCCUUUGAGUCCCCCCCGCUCCCGGCUCCCAUUGGCCGCGCCCCGGGGGGCAGCAGUGGCGGUGCCACCCUUAAACCCCUGUCCCCGGCCGCUGUCCCCUCCGUGUCGCUGUCACCAUGUCGCCGAGGGCCACCCGCCACCUCCUGGUGCUGGCCGCGCUGGUGGCGGCGCUGGCAGUGUCGCCGGUGUCGCCGAUCCACGUGUACACGCAGCGCGAGGUCUAUGGCACGGUGGGCGCCAGUGUCACCCUGUCCUGCAGCUUCUGGUCCAGCGAGUGGGUCUCGGAUGACAUCUCUGUCACCUGGCACUUCCAGGCCGAGGGCAGCCGCGACAGCAUCUCCAUCUUCCACUACGCCCAGGGCCAGCCCUACAUCGACGACGUCGGGAGCUUCAAGGAGCGCAUGGAGUGGGCGGGGAACCCGCGGCGCCGCGACGGCUCAAUCAUCAUCCACGGGCUGGAGCCGAGCGACAACGGCACCUUCACGUGCGACGUGAAAAACCCGCCCGACAUCGUGGGCAAAUCGUCACAGGUCACGCUCUACGUGCUGGAGAGAGUGUCCCCCCGUUACGGAGUGGUGCUGGGCUCUGUCAUUGCCGGUGUCCUGCUGUUGGUGGCACUGUCCCCAAUGUCCCCGCAGUGUCCCCCCGUUACGGAGUGGUGCUGGGCUCUGUCAUUGCCGGUGUCCUGCUGUUGGUGGCACUGUCCCCAAUGUCCCCGCAGUGUCCCCCCGUUACGGAGUGGUGCUGGGCUCUGUCAUUGCCGGUGUCCUGCUGUUGGUGGCACUGUCCCCAAUGUCCCCGCAGUGUCCCCCCGUUACGGAGUGGUGCUGGGCUCUGUCAUUGCCGGUGUCCUGCUGUUGGUGGCACUGUCCCCAAUGUCCCCGCAGUGUCCCCCCGUUACGGAGUGGUGCUGGGCUCUGUCAUUGCCGGUGUCCUGCUGUUGGUGGCACUGUCCCCAAUGUCCCCGCAGUGUCCCCCCGUUACGGAGUGGUGCUGGGCUCUGUCAUUGCCGGUGUCCUGCUGUUGGUGGCACUGUCCCCAAUGUCCCCGCAGUGUCCCCCCGUUACGGAGUGGUGCUGGGCUCUGUCAUUGCCGGUGUCCUGCUGUUGGUGGCCGCGCUGGUGGCGCUGGGCUAUGGCAGCCGCUACUGCUGGAGGCGGCGCCAGGAGCGGCUGCAGCGGCGCCUCAGCGCCAUGGAGAAGGGGAAGCUGCAGCGCUCGGCCAAGGACGGCUCCAAGCGCAGCCGGCAGGCCCCCGUUCUCUAUGCCAUGCUGGACCACGGCCGCAGCUCCAAGAAACCCAAGGCGGGCGCGGGCGACUCUCGCAAGGAGAGGAAAUAGCGGUUAGCGGGCAGGGAGGGACCCCCGGAGCCAGCGGGCACAGGGGGGGACCCCCGGCCCCCCAAAGUCAUCAUGACCAUCGAGAUGGAGCUGCGGGGGGAGCCCCAGGCCGCGCCCCCUCCCCCCGCCCGCUCCCCGAGCCGGGGCAGCCUCGGCAGCGCCCUGCGGAGAAUCAUCAAACCCGACUCGGGGGGCUCCUGAUCCCCCCCGGUUCUGAUCCUGGUCCUGAUCCCGGUUCUGAACCUGGU